CACGCAGAACAAGUGCCGCCGGCGCUCGGAACAACAACACUCCUUAAAAAUUACAAACUUGUGUAUUUGACUUAAAAUGACUUAGAAUGGGCAGUAAGUUGUAUCGAAAAUAUAUUUUCGAAAACACGCGCAAAAUUCAACGUGGAUAUAAAUUACACAAAAAACUGAUCGGAUUAUUAUUUGAAAAGAAAGUUAUGCAAAUCGUUUAUACGAAAAAAUAACGAUCCAUAAAUAUUAAAAGAAAAUAUACGUCAUUUCAUGUGCAACACCAUAACUUUAGAAAAUAAAAACGAGUAUAUUGUGAUAAUCAGCUACACAUUGCGCGAUGUGUACCCGUAUUAUUGUAGCGAGGAAACUGGAUUUUAAAAGUGUCGGCACCAACACGUGUUGUCUUCUGCUGGUGUCGAUGUUGUUCAGUGCGACUCUCGUGCAAGGCUACACGGAGGACGACGUCAAAGAAUGCGGCAAUCUGCAGUUCGACAGCGUCACGUGCACCAGCCUCCAGGACUUCUACUCGGAGUGUCCGGUGAUCGGCGCGCGCCGGAUAUUCCUCAUCAAGCUUCACCGGAACCUCACGGCUGCGCGCUGCGAAUUCAAGUCCACUUUCGGUUUCCGCGAGACCUCCGUAUGGGUCACUAACGGCUGCAGCGGAAUCUUCUAUCUCUGCUAUGACGGCGACGCACUGUCCACCGUAAAUCCCCCGGUAACGCCACCGACGCCAGGCGGAAAUGACGACAAAGAUGACGUCGCAAGCGCCACGACCGCAGCAUCUGGCAACGACGUUUACAUUUACAUAAUUGUCGGCUGCUGUGUUGCUCUGCUGGUCGGCGUCGGUUUUGUGGUCGGGUGUGUGCUCAAACGACGGCAACAGAAGGACAGUUCGCGACAUCUUGCUGAGAAACGUCAGAUCCGCAUAGCGCGCAGGGAGCACAUGCAAGAUCGGGAAGAGAACGGCGCCUCGCCACUUCCGCUCUGCAACCGCUCCCUCUCCAUCGAGUCCCUACGUACCAUUGACCCUAAUGACUAUGACGUCAGAUCCAUCUACUCAAGCAUGAGUUCCAUUUCCAGUGUAACACAAGCGCCCGUGAAUGUGUCAAAUAAAAUGAUUCCGAGAGGAUCAGUGAGAAGCGUUUCGUACCAGCCGCCAGGUGGACGCUUGAAGAAAGGUUACAGCACACCGGAUAUCCAUGCGCUCGGCCGGAUGUUCUGCGAGGUAAACAUGCUGAACAGACAGCAAAGGAACUCUGUUACGCGAGCUAGUCAGCGGAGCAUUAACAGUGUCAGCAGCCGACAGAGCGCGUAUGAAACCGCCUUAGAAAGGAGGCUGAGGCAACAAGCAAGACGCACCGAGCGCUUUACUUCCGGCUUCUAUGGCACAUGCGCUGACAGGGCGCUACGAGGAAGUACGAGAAGCACUCGGACACUGCCCAGUAACCGAGCCUACACUCGCGCCAUGGUUCACUCGAACUCGCCAAGCCUGGAGGAGCAGUUUGCGAGGCAGGCCAGCUUCAAGAGCAUGCGCUCCAUGCGGUUCUCUCUCGAGCACGACCCCAUGACCAUCCACGAGCACCCGGAUGUUGACUCUACCACGAGACCUUUAACAAAACCGUCCACUAGCAGGUCUAGCGAGCAAGUCGCUUCAAUGAAUCAUGAAUUCGAGCGUCCGACAAGUGAAACACAUGAGCAAACCCGCAAGGAACCACCACAAACGUCAUUUUCAAAAAAUAGUUACACUAGUCAACAUGAACCGCACUAUCACGACCCGAAUUCGCUGAAGCUCGGACGCCAUUCCAUCCGCGGGUCCGUGGUAAAGGUACCGCCGAGACCAAUCACGCCGGAAGUGAAGAUUCAAUCCAUGCAAGAGAAAGUUUACAGCAAAGUUACUAAGCCAAGAAUAUUGCACCCGAAACCUCGACUCAACAAGGAUAACAUUUACGCAUCUGUGAAUAAAAGCACCUUUAAAGCAGUUAUUCAGGCCGAAAACUCCCACCUAACGGAAGGUAAGCCUUCGUGUAUUGAAAACAGCGAUGACAAAGUUAAGAAUAUCGAGUACGAGACAGAUAUAUACGCAUCACCCAGCGAAGUGAUUUGCGACUCCAAACGCUUAAAAGAGCCCGAAACCGAGGAGGGGUUAUCAGGAAUUGAAAAUUACGGUCUAGCCGACAUAACAACGCUUGAUGUUUACCUGUCCACAUAUGACGUUGUCGAUUUGGAGGAUGAUGAAGAGGAUGUGGUUGCCAGUAGCAACAGCAAGCAGGAGAAAGACAUGUACGCGCGCCUCGCCACCUUCAAACCAGUGGCGUCCCUAGCCCCUUAUUAUGUGCAGGGGGCUUCAAAAUAAACGUCUCAUGUAAUGACCAAUGGACCAUUUACAUAAAUAUUGAUAGCUUCGUUAAAACGUUUGUUACAGUUUUCGAAAGGUCUGAGAGCGACUUAUGUAAAUACACUUUCAUGUUACUGUAACUAUAUUUUAAAACGUUCAGGCCUUACAUUAUCUGCCAUCUAUGUGCAACAUAGAACAUUAGCGGAAGUACAGAUCAUACAGCGCUAAGUCAAACAUUGUGCGAGAAAUUACUGCUAACUAGUAUUGUAUAUUAGUUACGAACUUAAAGCCGCAUACAUAUACAUGUAUACAUGUACUAUGCGACCCGUCUAACUUACCUAUCCGUUUUAAAUAGCAUACAGUUUACUGAUUGAGUAUGUAAUAAAUACUCAUGCAAUUUA